AUGAAUCCAUUUUGUUAUACUAGUAAAGGUAGUGGUGGUGUAGUACCAAGUUUUUUAUUUGAUUUUACAAAACAACAACAACAGCAACAACAACAAUCAUUAACUCAAACCAAUAAUAAUAAUAACAAUAAUAAUAAUAAUAUAAAUAAUAUUAAUAAUAAUAAUAACAACAGUAAUAACUAUUCAAAUCAUAAUAAUAAUACAAUUCCAAUGGUAAAUAACGAUAAUAAUAUAAUAGGAUUCGGUAAUUCAGUUUUAACAGAUACAUUUUUAGAUAAUAAUAAAAGGUAUCAAAAAAGGUUAGAACAAAAACAAUAUAAACAAUUACAAUUAAAUGAUUUACCAAAGUAUCUAUUAGUAGAGAUAUUGAAACAUUUGAAUGAUGAAUAUAGUAGUUGUUCAGGUGUAGCCAAUACAAAACCACAAAAUCCAUUCUUUCACAAUAAUUGUUAUAGCGAUCAAAUGACAAAUGGUAAGGAUGGUCAAGAUAAAAAACAAAAACAAUGUUUAAAAAAUUCAUCAUCAAUUGUAAAUAAUAAACCAAUACCAGCUUCAGCAGAACCAGUAGCAGCAACAACAAAUAAUAGUAAUAAUAAUAAUAAUAAUAAUCAACCAAUUAUAGUUAGUCAAACAUCAAGUACAUGUGUUUAUUUAAAAGAUAUUAUUGGAUUAUCAUUAGUUUGUAAAUUAUGGGCAAAAUGUAUUGUACCAGUAUCAAUUAGUAGUUUUAUAAAGAUAUCAAAUAGAAAAGAGUUAUUGACAGUUACAAAAUUUAUGACAGAAGGUAUAGUAAAGGGUGGAUCAGCAUGUACAUUCACAACUAUUAAAUUCCAUUGUAAGAAAUCUCAACAAGAGAAAUUGAGAUAUCAACAACUUCAUCAAGAGGAAUUAACCAAUCCAUGUUAUAAUUCAGUCUCAACUGGUGGUAUCAAUAGUAGGGAUUAUUGUGGUCUUUUAGAGAAAUGCUCUUCAAUUAAAUGUUUAGCAUUUGGUAGUGGUCAUCAGUUAACUCAAUCCGAUCUAUCGGUGAUAUCAUGUUACCUUAGAGAUUGCACCAAUAUCACCGAUCUCAAACUUAGUAGUUGUUUCUCAUCCUCUGGUAGUUUUGCAUCAUUUUGUGAAUCGUUACGUUACAAUCAAUCUUUGACAACUUUGGAUAUCUCUUACAACGCACUAUCAAGAGACUCCAUUAUGGCGUUGGUUCAAGCAUUGAAAUACAAUCGUACUUUGACAUUCUUGGAUCUAUCAUUCGGUAGUAUCGGUAGCAAUGGUAUUUAUUUAGCAGAUAUGUUCAAGGUGAAUUCUAGCUUACAAUCAGUGUUUUUAAUUGGUAAUCAAUUAGAUAAUGAUUCAGUGUCCGCUUUGGUGGAUUCCUUAAAGAAGAAUACAUCAAUCACAGAGUUAUCCUUGUCAGAGAAUGAAUUUGAUGAUGAAGUUGGUCAAUUGAUGGGCGAGAUGUUGGUAACCAAUAAAUCUAUUAAAAGUUUAGAUCUUAGUUUCAAUGAUUUGGCCGAUAACACAAUUCAAGGUUUCGCUGAAGCAAUCUCUUCACCCAGUUGUGCAUUGGUUAAUCUUAAUCUAUCCGAUUGUGCAAUGAGUGUCAAUGAAGAUACUGGUGCACAAUUCUUUCAAGCUUUGGCUGGCAAUCGUUCAAUUCAAAGAUUACUACUUUGGAGUUGCGAUCUUUCAAGUCAAUUGGUAAAGGAAGAACUAUCAAUUGCAAUUAGACACAAUAUUACAAUCACUGACCUUUCAUUAGGCUUCAAUGAUUUAACUUCAUCCGAUAUCUCUAUCAUUUUACAUAAAGGUUUGAAAUUCAAUAAAACACUUCAAACCGUUUCAUUCAAUAACAAUUAUAUCGAUUCCGUUGGUGGUAUCAUGUUGGCCGACUAUUUGAAAUCUAAUGAUUCCCUUAAAGAGAUCUCCCUAUUUGAUAAUUGUCUCGAUAAUAUAGCUUGCACUGAAUUCUUUUUAGCAGUUUGCUCAAAUCAUGUCAUUCAAAAGAUUUGUUUAGGCUCAAAUAGAAUUUGUCCAAACCUUACCAAUAUCUUUAGGAAAUCAAUUCGUUACAACUCUAUCUUCUACAAUGCUAUCAAUCGUCCAAAGAUUUUAAAAUCAAAUACUUUUAAACAAAAAUGUAUACAAUCAAAACUAUUAUUCCUUAAAAAUGAAUUCAAACGUGAAGCUCCAAAACUAAAAGUAAACAUGCAAUCUGAAUUAGGUAAUAAUUUAAAACAAUUAUUUAAAAUUUUAAAUUUUACUGAUUAUAAUACAAUUAAUGAUAAUUCAAAUGGUAAUACAAAUAAUAAUAAUAAUAAUAAUAAUAAUAAUAAUAAUAAUAAUAAUAAUAAUAAUAAUAAUAAUAAUAAUAAUAAUAAUAAUAAUAAUAAUAAUAAUAAUAAUAAUAAUAAUAAUAAUAAUAAUAAUAAUAAUAAUAAUAUAAAUAUCAAUAAUAGUAGUAGUGAUAUAAAUAUAAAUGGUUUAAAUUUAAAUAGUAGUUCAACCAAUAUAAAUAAUCAAUCACCAAUUUUAACUUGUACAAAUUCUUCUCAACCACAAAAUAUUUUAUUCUCUCCGACUUUUCAAUAUUCUUCUCCAACUCAACAACAACAACAACAACAACAACAACAACAACAACAACAACAACAACAACAACAACAACAACAACAACAAACUUGUAACAUUAGAAACGAUAAUAAUAAUAAUAAUAAUAAUAAUUUAAAUAAUGGCAAUAAUAACAUAAGGCACAAUAAUAAUAAUAAUAAUAAUAAUAAUAAUAAUAAUUUAAAUAAUUUCCAACAACAUCAGGAUUUACAAAAGGAUUAUAUUGACCAAUUAUUACAAAUUCAAAGUCAAUUACAAUUCGAGAUUCACAAUAUCGGCCCAAAUCCUUCAAAUAAUAUAAAUAAUUUAAAUAAUAACAAUUAUAAUAAUAAUAAUUUAAAUAAUAAUAUUAAUAACUAUAACAAUAAUAAUAAUAAUAAUAACAACAAUAAUAAUAAUAAUAAUAAUCAAACACCACUUUUAAAUAAUAAUGGUAAUAGAUUUCAAUUCUUUUAA